AUGCGACCGCAUCUUCUCGUCCUGUUCCUCUUCCUGUCGGCGUCGUCCGCGGAGCAACGACGCGUAAAAAGUGCCGAGGAAAAGUGUCACGCGGAUCAUCCCACCCUGCUCCAUUAUUUCUCGUGGGCGGAUUAUACGGUGCUCGCCAUGAUGCUGUUGAUCUCUUGUCUGAUCGGCACCUUUUACGGCUUCUUCUCCAAAAAGCAGGAGACCAGCCAAGAUUUUCUGCUGGGCGGGUCCAGCAUGGGCACAGUUCCCACGGCGAUGUCUCUGGCCGCCAGCUUCAUCACGGCCAUCGAACUCUUGGGGAAUCCCGCGGAGAUGUACGGACAGGGUACUCAAUUCUGGAUGACAUGCCUUUCUUUCAUACUCGUGGUACCGAUCACCUCUCGCUUGUACCUGCCGGUGUUCAUAAAAUUAAGGCUGACGUCGAGUUACGAAUAUUUACAACUGCGCUUCGACCGAAACUGUCGAUUACUCUCGAGCGCGUUGUAUAUGCUGCAAAUGGUGUUAUACACGUCAGUAGCUGUGUAUGCACCUGCAUUAGCAUUAAGUCACGUUACGGGCCUGAAUACUUACAUAGCCGUCACUCUAGUCUACAUGGUUUGCAUUUUCUAUGCCUCACAGGGUGGUAUGAAAGCCGUAAUAAUGACCGAUACCUUCCAAGCCGCCGUUCUUAUCGGCUCAUUAUUUCUCAUUUUGGGUUACGGAUUAUCCUGGGAGGGCGGAAUUGCGAGCGUUUGGGAGGAAAACGCAAAAUCAGGCCGGAUGGAAUUUUUUAAUAUGAAUCCUAGUCCAACAGUACGGCAUAGCUUCUGGAGUGUUGUGAUCGGUGGUACUUUCUACUGGACCACCAUGUUCUGCAGCAACCAGGCGUCCGUCCAAAAAUAUCUCAGUGUCGAGAGCAUCUCGCAAGUAAGGAUAGCGCUGUGGGUGUCUGCGUUCAGCAUGAUCGUAAUUUAUAGCUUGAAUUUUCUGACUGGAAUGGUGCUAUACAGCGCUUAUAAAGACUGCGAUCCUUUAACAGCCGGAUAUAUAAGCGGCCAGGAUCAAAUACUUCCGCUGUAUGUGAUGAAUUUCUUGGGAGGACUUCGUGGAAUGCCUGGAUUCUUCGUAGCUGGUAUCUUCGCCGCGUCUCUCGGAACUGUGGCGAGUGCCUUAAACUCAUUAGCGGCGAUAACCUGUGAAGAUAUUCUUCGCGGACUCUUCCAAAUGGACUUGCCGGCAAGUAAAGGUGCUAUUUACGCUAGAUGGAUUAGCAUAUUUUUCGGAGCUCUCAGUUUUGCACUGGUCUUUAUUGUCGAGCGUCUCGGUAGCGUUUUGCAGGUUGCGCUAUCUUUCAACGGCAUGGUUGGUGGGGUGACUCUAGGAUUAUUCUCAUUAGGCAUGUUUGUACCAUGGGCUAAUGCUAAAGGAGCCAUAGUAGGUGCCAUCACGAGUUUGGUAGUUGUCCUGUGGAUUGGAUUAGGUGCCCAAAUUGCGGCUGUAAACGGACAGAUUCAAUUGGAUAGUAAGCCUAUAUCGAUUGCAGGUUGUCCUUGCAUAAAUGAGACCACAAUCGUGCUCAAUCAAUUCGAGCACAACUUCGAUGACGAAGUUUCGUCCAUAUACAAGACCAGUUAUCUAUGGUACAGCGCAAUCGGUUGCAUGUUGACCAUGCUCGUGGGUCUGGCGGUAAGUUUUGCGACAGGCGCACAAAAUCCUGCUGACGUCGAUCAGGACUUCCUGAGCCCGCCAAUUGCGGCCAUGUUCCGCAUACAGUCGAAGCCUUGCGCAUCUACGAAUGUCCAAGGUAUCGCGAACUUUGGUCUUGAACUGGAAGAUGAAAAGCCACGGCAGAUGGAAGUUUGCAAGAGCCCGAAGUGACCUUGUCGCGAGAGAUCAUCAAUAAAGUUCACGUGAACCGGGGGGAACCCGAUAAAGAUACCGAGCUCGCGAAAAAGUAGUCUAGUUCAGCGAGCAUUUCAUCGAAUGAUUUUAUUAUC